AACUGUAAAUAAACUUUUGAAAAAUUUAGACAAAAAAAUGACUCUGAGAAUAUUUGUAUUUUGUCUUUGUUUGCAUCAAAUUAGUCCACAGGAACGAGAAAAACGUCAAAUAAAUUUUGGUGGAUCAUCAUCAUCAUCAUCAGAUGGGGUGGGUUUCGGAGGAAACUCAAAUUCCGGAGAAAAUUCAAAUUUCGGAGAAAAUUCAAAUCAGGGCAUUACAUCUCUGAAAAGCCUUCUUGGGAACAAUGCCCCCUCCAGUUCUCCCAGUAUCAGCACAAGAUUCAACAAUCAGAGACCACCAAGGAUAGGAGCUUUCUGCACAACACCCUUCGGACAGCCAGGCUCCUGCAGAUAUAUAUUCGACAGGCAAUGCAGUCCAAUCUUGAACCAGAUAAUAAGCCAAGGAGUUCAAUCCGUUCUCCCGUAUAUAUUUGCUGCCAUCAGAGCUCCAUGCGGGUUUGCUGGGUUUGAUUUCUCCUUGUGCUGUGCUGACCAGGGUCAAGGACAGGUUUCAACUCCUUCUCCUCCUCAACCUACACCACCACCUCCUAAUCCAAACCAACAAUGCGGGGUUAGCAACAGCAACAGAAUUGUCGGAGGAACCUUUGCUAACCAGGGUACAUGGCCCUGGGCAGUUGUAUUGGGUAAACCUAGCGGAAGCAGUUUCCAGGUUAUUUGUGGGGGAACACUUGUCAAUGCAAACACUGUUGUAACCGCAGCACAUUGCUUCUCAGGAAGUAGUGAUCCAACUCAUAUUAGAGCUGGGCAUGUAGAUAUCAACUCAGCAUCUGGUAUUAAUGUACAGAUUUCAUCUAUAACGAAGCAUCCGCAGUGGAAUCCGACAACGUUAAAUGCUGACAUCGCUAUUCUCAAGUUGAGCCAACCCCUGCAAUAUACAACGGGUGUACGAUGGGCCUGUUUACCAGAUGCCUACCAGAAUAAGGAUAUUGCAGCUAUCAUGACGAAUCCAGAUCCAACUGUUGUAGGUUGGGGUUCAACAGCUGUGGGAGGUGGGGCUGAGACUAGAUUAAAACAAGCCCAGGUUCCCAUGGUAUCACAGCAAACUUGUGAGAGUGCUUAUUCAAAUGUUGGUCAAGUUUCUAUAGGAGAUGCUAAGAUCUGUGCUGGAACAGGUGGACGAGACACCUGUAACGGGGACAGUGGAGGACCUCUUCUAUCAGAUCAUCUAGAGGCUGGAUGGACACUCGUUGGAAUCACCAGCUUUGGGGUCGAAUGCGCCCGACCUGACUUCCCUGGAGUUUAUACGAGGGUUGAUAAAUAUCUAGACUGGAUUCGGCCUCAACUUUAAUAUAACAUCACAGAUAUAACUGGGAGGCUACGGCUAACACUUCUGCAACCAAUGUAACGUGCUAUCACAAAUCAUCUGUAUCUAAACAUCAUUGAUAUAACGUUUAGUUACGGCUUACAACGAAUUUAAAAGAGCUAUUACAUAAAAAUAACGUGCAGCUAUGACUAUAACGUGCUACAACAACUAUUACGUAAAACCACAACACAUUUUGAACUUGUUAUCACGGCUAUAAAGUGAGGUCACAGCUACAUAUAAUUUGCCCAACAGAUAUAACGUGCUAAUACAGCUGUAAUGAUACACCACAAUUUUAACGUGCUACCAUAGUUAUAAGUAACGUGCGGCAACCGCUUACAUGUGAAUUGACAGCUAUUAUGUGUGAGCACAGCUGUAAAUAUAGACCAAAGCUAUAACGUGACGACAAAACAACAGUUGUAAAGAGUGCCCGCAGCUAUAACGUGCCAUAACAGCUGCAACUUGCAACCAUAACUUUGAGUUAUACAUCAAAACUGGAGGGGGGACUUUUAAACCUUAUUUUGGUAGUUUAUAAUUUUUGGUACGUUUGUUUUUCGUAUGAAAAAUAUUGCAAAAAAACUGUUCCUUGUGAAGGAUCCAGAUGCCUACAGAUAAUAAUCUUAUCUUUAGAAGAAAAUAUAUUUUUACAGAUUAAGAAAAUAAAGAUGUUUCUCUUUUAAA